UUACAGGAAAUAAACAUCACCUUUACACCUUAACUGCAUUGUUUUGUAUUCACCUACACGACUGUACACAAAUCGUAUUCAGAGAGUACCGGUAAUUAGUUUCACAAGUAGUAAGGUAAGAGAAGAGAAUGAUUUACGAAAUUCGUCAUUAGGAAAUAUUUGUUAUAAUUUAAUCUUAGCGGGGAUUAGUGUUUUACUAUGUAAGUUUGGGGGGCAAAAUGUGUUUUAUAUAGAAAGGAGGGCCAAGGUUUUGAUUUGACUACUAUAAAAGCAAAAUUCACCUCGGAAUCUUUAGUCGCAAAAAGUAACAUGAAGGCGUUUGUCGUUUUAAUCUCCGUGGCGGCUAUUGCUUCAGUUAAAGCUGGCUAUCUCGGCGGAGGUGGUGGAUAUGGAGGAGGAGGUGGAUACGGAGGAGGAGGAUACGGCGGAGGCGGCGGUUGGAAGGGUGGUUUUGGCGGCGGUGGAUUAAGUGGAUGGAAAGGAGGCCUAGGAGGUGGAUACGGGGGUGGGUCCGGAGGUGGAUGGAAGGGUGGUUUCGGAGGAGGAAGUCUCGGAGGAUUUGGUGGCGGAUACGGGGGCGGAGGUGGAUGGAAGGGUGGUUUCGGAGGAGGAAGUCUCGGAGGAAUUGGCGGCGGAUACGGGGGCGGAGGGGGAUGGAAAGGCGGAUUCGGAGGAGGUGAUUCCUAUAAAGUUAUAAAAGUUGUGGUUCCCAGCGGUGGAGGAGGUGGAUGGAAAGGAGGUUACGGAGGAGGCGGAGGCUGGCAAGGUGGACUUGGAGGAGGCGGUUGGCAAGGAGGAAUUGGAGGAGGCGGAGGCGGUUGGCAAGGUGGAUAUGGAGGAGGAUACGGAGGCGGUGGUGGAUGGAAAUGGUAAACUGUUUACCGUUUGCAUGCUAUGAACAAUGGUUGUGCGUGUUGUCUGUAAAUAUGUAUGUGUUUUCAGUAUUCUAUUUAAUAAAUUUUUGUAAACAGA